AUGACGCGCUGGGCGUCUGCACCGCGCGCUUUUGCGCAGGAGAUUGGUGUUGUUGAGGAGGGUGUCGGCCAUGGCUUCGCGGACGGAGGAGUCCAUGGAGGGGACGCGGAGGCCUUCUUGGGAAAUGAGAUUGAGGAGAAAACAGGUGGCUUUGAGUUUGGGAAUGUCGAGGGUGUGAGUGCGCUUGUCUGUCGCGUCGAUAAUGGUCUUGAGGACAUGGCUCAUUUCUGCCCUGAUGUCGUUGAGGAGAUGAUUGUCAGGAUGGGCAAAUAUGUGCAGAAGCAUCCAGAACGCGGCUGGGGAGGUGUUCGCGACCGUGGCGAUGGUGAGCGCGGUCUCGGAUUUGGCGGUGUCGGCAAGGGGUACGCCGUGGCGCUGGUGGGCGAGCAAAUUAUCUUGCUUGAGCUCCAAGACACUCGAGGCGUGGCCGUUGCGGUAACAAUGUUCAAGAAGGGUGCGUACAUGAAUGAUGCAUCGCAAACUUCAUGCACUCGGAAUGGGUUGCCAUCAUACAGACACUCUCCGCCGUAG